CGCCGGGCCUUGCGGGGCACAGAGAUUGCGCGCGCUCCGGAUCCGACGUCCCCGCCGGAGAGAGCCUCCCGGAGGACGGAGAGCCACGGGAACAGGAGCCCGGCCCUGCACGCCCAUGCGCGAGGAGGGCCGAGAGAUGCGUCGUGGGAGCACGGCGCUGCACCUCCUGGCCGGCGGGUUUGGUGGCACAGCUGGAGCCAUCCUGACCUGCCCGUUGGAGGUAGUGAAGACCCGCCUGCAGUCCUCCUCAUGGGCCUUGAGGCCCCUUUGCCUGCCUGCAGUACAGCUGCAGGGGGUGAAUGGAGCACUGAUCCGCCCUGGACUCCCUUCUAUAGGACCCCUUGAGCUGUUGAGAACCAUCCUAGAGAAGGAAGGUGUCCGCUCCCUCUUCCGAGGCCUGGGGCCUAAUCUUAUUGGAGUUGCCCCUUCCAGGGCCAUUUAUUUUGCUGCGUAUUCAGGGGCUAAAGAGAAACUCAACAUGGUAUUUGUGCCAGAAUCGAAGAAAGUUCACAUGCUCUCAGCAGCUUGUGCAGGAGUCACGUCUGCCACCUUGACCAACCCCAUAUGGCUGGUGAAGACCAGAAUGCAACUGGAAGCUAGGUCCAAAGGCGAGAGGUCCACUGGUGGCCUUCGGUGUGCCAUGCACAUCUACUACGCAGAGGGCCUGCGAGGCUUUUACCGCGGGAUCACUGCCUCGUAUGCGGGUGUCUCUGAAACCAUCAUCCAUUUUGUUAUCUACGAAGCGCUGAAGCAACGGCUCAAGGAGCAUCGGCAAUUCCUGACCCCGGCACUUACCUUUUCACCCAACAUCCAGGACUUCUGUGGACUGAUGGCUGCAGCUGCCACCUCCAAAACGUGUGCCUCGUGCAUUGCCUACCCACAUGAGGUCAUCCGGACCCGGCUACGAGAGGAGGGCUCUCGGUAUCGCUCCUUUGUGCAGACCCUGCAGCUCGUGGUCAGAGAAGAGGGUCCCUCGGCUCUUUACCGUGGGCUACUGACCCAUCUGAUUCGGCAGAUCCCCAAUGCAGCUAUUGUCAUGGUCACCUAUGAACUUACCAUUCAUUUGGCAACAAAAAUGUGAGAUUCUCCCCUUCCUGACGACUAACUGCAUAUAGGGAUAUGUGGCCUUAAUAAAGGGCACAGUUCCCUAUUCCAAGGUUGAGGACCAACUGUCCUAGGAAAGCCUGAAGGCUAGUAGCCUAAUGCUUUGUUUUCAAGAAUGGAUAACUGAAGGAGGUCUUCUGGUGCACUAGGACUCUGGGACCAGAGGUGGAGUUGGACAGAUGCAGAAGUUAACAGUGCUGAAAUGAAUCCCUGAGGAAGCUACUAGAACUCUUGUUUGUGAAGCGAACCAUCUUUCCGGUAUCUGUCGCUGAAACCGUCUUCCCAGGGUUCCAGGGUCCAAUGUGAGAAAGUCUUAUGCUCCACUUCUCCUGGGGCCUGACUCAGGCUAGCCAGUUGGCUGAGUGGAUACCGCGGUUGUAAGGAAAGCACGUCAAAGGGAAACAGUGGGAAAUUCUUUCGGAAGCAGGCGAAUGUAUAAAUGUUAGCCUCCAAGGCUGACCUGCAUCACCCCGUGAUCAGAAUUUGACACCCCGUUAUCAUGGCAGAGAAUGGGAUUCCCUUUCCUCUCUCCUUUUGAACUGCAACUGGGAACUUGCCCUCUUCUGAGGAAAUUUUGCUUCCUGUUGCCGAGAGCAGACUUGCUAUAGCCCACUUUUGUUCUUACCUUCCAAAGCCUUGUUUACAGGUGUUCGCUUGCAGAUUUUGCCUUCCUGAUCAAGUGAAGGAGGGUGACAUGCAGGCAGCUAGUAUAUGGGAUAUCCUCCAACGGGUGGGUGGGUGGGUGGGAGGGGUGUGCAGAGCAGGCUGAAACUGAAACCCAGCAGUUCCUCCUUUGCAAACCUUUGCGCAUUUGUGCUUGGCGUUCUGGCUCCAUUUGGUGCAUAGGAAUAAGGAUGCAACACACAUUUAGAUUCACUGAAAUUCUCGGUUUUAAGUUAAUAAAG